AUGGAUCGUUUCAGUUUUGCUUGCUGGUUCAAGACACGUGCAAAUACAGUCGCCAUGGCCUACCAGGCGCCAGCCAUUGCGGAAAAGCCUACUCUAUGUUUUAUUCCUGGAUUUCGUUCCGAGUUCCAAGUUUCCAGCAAAAGUCAUCACGUGUACAACUGGGCGAGGCGCCACGGCUGUGGAUUCAUAACAUGGGAUCACGCGCUUAAUGGCUCCUCUGUGCAACAGUGGAGUGAAGACGGUUAUGACAUAUUGCAGCAAUUUACGACCAAAGACAAACUGGUGCUGGUGGGUGCCAGCAUGGGAUUAUGGAUUGCUUUAUUACUUGGUAUACGAUUGCAACCGCGCAUUCAAUCAAUUAUCGGCAUUGGCGGUGGGCUCAACUUUACAGAGCGAUGGCUGCAAGAAGUUCCCGCACAGUAUCGUGACGAUAGAGAUUACAUCUGGAAACGUCCCUCCACCUACGCGGCCGAAGGCUAUUAUGCUAUCCCUGUUCGCUUUUUGCUUGACUCUAAAGCUGCGCUUUUCGCGGCACCUAAACUCCGCGUGCCAGCACCGCUGUACCUCAUUCACGGACAAUGCGAUGCUGAUGCCCCUUUAAGUCAUAUUCAGGAAUGGGUCGAUCAUCGAAUAGAAUGCCCUCAGUUGACACUCAAGGUGGUGGAAGAUGGCGACCAUCGACUGUCCCGACCUCAGGAUUUGGCACUCCUUGAUUCUGUUCUGAAUAAAAUGGUGUAA